CGCAGACCUCUCACCACGAUGCAGAGCCCGGCGGUCACCUCGACGUUUUCUGUCGCUUGCAAUCUCCACAACAGGCGACUCUGUGCGGCACCUGCAACAGGACACAACAGACUAGCAGCUGCACCUUCUUUGAGACUAGAUGCCAGGCGAUCAGGCCUGAGUGUUUCAUGCUCAGCAGCAGCAGCGACAGAGGAGAGCAGGCAGAUUGCCAGCUUGGGGCCGGACCUUUGGAACCGGACGUACUACCCCACAAAGGAGGAUGCCAACACUGUGAAGAAGCCCUGGUAUGUGGUGGAUGCGGAGGGCCAAACACUGGGCAGGCUUUCAGUCCUCGUGGCAGACCACAUCAGGGGAAAGACGGUGCCGACAUAUGCGCCGAGCAUGGACAUGGGGGCCUACGUCGUGGUGGUGAACGCUGAGAAGGUGACGGUGUCAGGCAAUAAGUUCAAUGACAAGAUGUACCGGCGCCACACAGGGCGACCUGGUAGCCUCAAGGAGGAGACCUUCAAGAAGCUGCAGGCGCGCAUCCCGCAGCGCAUAGUGGAGCAGGCUGUGAAGGGCAUGCUGCCCAGCGGACGCAUCGGGCGUCACCUCUUCACCCAUCUCAAGGUGUACAAGGGAGAGGCACACCCGCACAGCGCACAGCAGCCGGUGGAUGUCACCCACAAGAUCAACAAGAAGCCAUCGGAAGCUAUCAAGGAUCCCUCGGCAUAAGCAGCUCCGCUUAGUCAGCUGCUGCAUCAGCGUGUGCACCAAGCUGUCAGAUGGGCUUUGCUGGCAGACUGUUCUGGCAUAUCAACUUCAAGGGGACCCCAGACUGUAGCUCAAAACACCAGGCAGCUGCAGGCGCCAUUUUGAGGGGUGAAUUGGAGCUGUACUGACUUUCAUCGUCUGAUGGGCUUGAAAAGAUGAAAAAUAAUGAAAAGUUGCGCACCAUCAAGAGAGCAGAACUGAAAAGGGCGUGUGACAAUGGCUGGUCCUAAGGCAUGGCAGCAGUGCAGCAGACAUUCUUGACACCGUGGUUGAUAAGUUGUGCACGUCACAAGUUUCAUUGAAAGGCAAUGUGUCGACCAUAAAGUAUGGCUUUGUAAAUUUUCUGAGACGUUC